UCAUGCAGGAGAACUACGAGACGGUGACCUCGCUGGGAUUCUCCCUAACCAAACCUGAACUGAUUGUCCGGCUGGAACGAGGGGAAGAGCCUUGGUUGCCCGAUCUCCGGACCUGCAAUGACAGAAGGCUUCCGAGAUGCACCCGUACAGCAGGUGCUGAGCGAGGGAGUGAGAAUGAGGAGGGGAAUCAUGAGGAAGUUCCCGGGGAAGUGGAACCGCAGGGGACCUUUGUGGGAAGAGCUGAAGGGAAUUUUUCCCAGUGCUUCGAACCCAAAGAAGCCUGUGGAAAUUGGCACAGGUCAGAGAGGCUGCUAGGAAACCACUCAGGGAAGAAAGUGGAUGAAUCUAUUAAUGGUGGGGGAGGAGAGGAGGAUCCCAAGGAAGAGACACCCUGGCACUACCUUCAAUGUUCAAAAGGGUUCAUUGCGAGAUCACAGCUUGUGACACAUCAGACAAUCCUUACAGGAGAGAAACCCCUUCAAUGCUUGGACCGUGGGGAAAGCUUCAAUAAGCUCUCAGAUCUUAAUAACCACGGGAGAGGCCACAAUGGAGAAAAACCCUCUCAAUCCCUCAAGUACGGGAAAUGUUGCAUUUCGAAGACACAAAUAAUUAGACAUCAGUUAAGCCACAGUGGGGAGAGACCCCACAAGUGCUUGGACUGUGGGAAAAGUUUCAUAGAGAGGUCAAACCUUAUUAAACAUCAGGCAAUCCACAGAGGAGAGAAACCCCAUCAGUGCUUGGAGUGUGGGAAAAGUUUCAAAGACAGGUCAAACCUUAUUAAACAUCAGGCAAUCCACAGUGGGGAGAGACCCCACAAGUGCUUGGAGUGUGGGAAAAGUUUCAUACGAAGGUCAGAUCUUGUUCAACAUCAGGCAAUACACACAGGAGAGAGACCCCAUAAGUGCUUGGACUGUGGGAAAAGUUUCAUACGAAGGUCACACCUAGUUUGUCAUCAGGCAUUACACACAGGAGAGAGACCCCACAAGUGCUUGGACUGUGGGAAAAGUUUCUUACAAAUGUCCAGCCUUGUUAAGCAUCAGGCAAUCCACACAGGAGAGAGACCCCACAAGUGCUUGGACUGUGGGAAAAGUUUCUUACAAAGGUCAAGCUUUGUUUAUCAUCAGGCAAUCCACACAGGAGAGAGACCCCACAAGUGCUUGGAGUGUGGGAAAAGUUUCAUACGAAGGUCAGAUUUUCUUUAUCAUCAGACAAUCCACAGAGGAGAGAGACCCCACAAGUGCUUGGAGUGUGGGAAAAGUUUCAUAAGAAGAUCACACUUAGUUCAUCAUCAGGCAUUACACACAGGAGCGAGACCGCACAAGUGCUUGGAGUGUGGGAAAAGUUUCAUAAGAAGGUCACACUUAGUUCGUCAUCAGGCAUUACACACAGGAGCGAGACCGCACAAGUGCUUGGAGUGUGGGAAAAGUUUCAUAAGAAGGUCACACUUAGUUCGUCAUCAGGCAUUACACACAGGAGCGAGACCGCACAAGUGCUUGGAGUGUGGGAAAAGUUUCCUAAGAAGGUCACACCUUGUUAAACAUCAGGCAAUCCACACAGGAGGGAGACCCCACAAGUGCUUGGACUGUGGGAAAAGUUUCAUACGAAGGUCAAGCUUUGUUUAUCAUCAGGCAAUUCACACGGGAGGGAGACCCCACAAGUGCUUGGAGUGUGGGAAAAGUUUCAUACGAAGGUCACAUCUUAUUCAACAUCAAGCAAUCCACACAGGAGAGAGACCCCACAAGUGCUUGGAGUGUGGGAAAAGUUUCAAAAGACAGUCAAACCUUGUUAAGCAUCAGGCAAUCCACACAGGAGAGAGACCCCACAAUUGCUUGUACUGUGGGAAAAGUUUCAUACAAAGAUCACAUCUUAUUCAACAUCAGGCAAUCCACACUGGAGAGAGACCCCACAAGUGCUUGGAGUGUGGGAAAAGUUUCAAAAGACAGUCAAACCUUGUUCAACAUCAUGCAAUCCACACAGGAGAGAGACCCCACAAAUGCUUGGACUGUGGGAAAGGUUACAUACAAAGGUCAGCCCUUGUUAAACAUCAGGCAAUCCACACAGGAGAGAGACCACACAAGUGCUUGGACUGUGGGAAAAGUUACAUACAAAGGUCACAGCUUGUUCAACAUCAGGCAAUGCACACAAGAGAGACUCCAGAGGUGCUUGGACUGCGGGAAAAGUUUCAUAUAGGAGUCUGACCUCAUUAAACAUGGAAAUAUCCACACAGGAUUUAAACUUCUCUGGCAAAUGGCAAGAAAAGAUUAAGCAACUUGCAUGUAAUUCACUCAGAUUCAACUUUGAGAGAGAGAUUUUAAAAGUGUGUCCACCUUAGUAAGCUAGAGUUUAACAUGUAAAUAUGUUUUUUGAAAGACUUGAAAGAGGAGGGCAAGUCAUGGCUGAGUAACUAAUUGCCUUCUAUGAGGAGAUAAGUGGCUCUGUGGAUGAGGGAAAAGCAGUGGAUGUGUUAUUCCUUGACUUUUGAGCUGUAUAAGUAGGGGCAUUGCCAGCAAUUGAGGGACGUGAUCAU